GGGCGGCCCCGGGCCGGGUCUCGGCGGGCCGGUCCCGGGGCGAUCCCCCGGGGCUGCUGGAAGCCCGGCCCUCCCCGGAUGACUCCCUUGACGUGCGCUAGCAAAUGGGAGCAGGGAGGGGUGUUGCUGCCUGCCUGCCACUUGUUGCAAAAAAAAGAAAAAAAAAAAAAAAAAGGAAGAAAGAGAGAAAGAAAGAAAAGAGAGAAAAAUCCCACCCACCCUCAUCUGCUGCGGAAUAAAAGAAAUAUCGGCGGGCGCGGCGCCAUGUGAGCGGCGGGCCGGGACCGGGCGGAGCAGCCGGCCGUGCCCCCCGGGACGGCGGGGCGAGCCCCGGCGGCGCUCGGAGCCGGCGGCAUGGUGGAAAACCCCAGCCUGGCGGCCAAACCCGCCCUGCCGGCCGCCCCGCCGCGGGGGCCGGGGGCGGCGGGGGGGCUGCGCUUGGCGGCGGUGAUGGAGAGCCUGCAGCGGCAGCAGGCGGCCCGCCUGGCCCGCGGCCCCGACGGCGCUCCCCGACGGCCCCCGGCCGAGCCCGGCCCCGGGCCGCCACCCGCCGCUCCCCGCCGCCGCCCGGCCCCCGGCCCGCGCCCGCUGCCCGCCGCCGCGGGAGAGGAGGAGGAGGCGGAGGAAGAGGAGGAGGAGGAGGAGGAGGAGGAAGAGGAAGAGGAGGAAGGGGAGCCUCGCGACCCACCGGCCCCCCCACACCACGAGUGGACCUACGAGGAGCAGUUUAAGCAGCUCUAUGAACUGGACGAGGACCCAAAACGCAAGGAGUUCCUGGACGACCUCUUUGGUUUCAUGCAGAAGAGAGGGACACCUGUGAACCGCAUUCCCAUCAUGGCCAAGCAAGUGCUGGACCUGUACACGCUGUACCGGCUGGUGACGGACAAGGGUGGCCUGGUCGAAGUCAUCAACAAGAAGAUCUGGCGAGAGAUCACCAAGGGCCUCAACCUACCUACCUCCAUCACCAGCGCUGCCUUCACUCUCCGCACGCAAUACAUGAAGUACCUGUAUCCCUAUGAAUGUGAGAAGCGGGCGCUCAGCUCUCCCGGGGAACUCCAAGCCGCCAUCGACAGCAACCGUCGGGAGGGACGGAGGCAGGCUUUUGGCACAGCCCUCUUCAACUACUCACCAGCCGGCACCCCAGCCCUGCUGGGCUCCCCAAAAAUGCCUCUGCCGGCUCUUAGCAUCUCCACACACAGCUGUGGCCAGCUUGGCCAAGUGCACACUGUUAAGAAAGAGGACAGUGUGCUGGCGGCAGCAGUGCCAGGGCGCAUCGCUAUCCCGGUGGGACUAGCCGGCCACCACCUUGCAGCGGCCCAGGCAGCAGCCGCCUCGCAGGCAGUGGUGCUGGAGCAGCUGCGGGAGAAGCUGGAGACGGGGGAGCCCCCAGAGAAGAAGGUGGCCCUGACGGCAGAGGAACAGCAGAGGCUGGUGCAACACGCGCUGCAGCACAACCUCCUGGCCAUGGCCUCCCAGUUCCCCAUGAACGUCAAGAUCUCCAACAGAGAUGACAGACAGGAGACCGCAUUGAACCUGUCCACCAACGGCAUUAGCAGUAUCAACAUGUCAAUAGAAAUAAAUGGAGUUGUCUACACAGGCGUCCUGUUCGCCCGCCGGCCCCCGGCCCCGCCAGCACCCAGUGGAGGGAGCACCCAGAGCCGGCCAAACCCCGUGCCCAUCCUGAACCCACUGCUCCCAGCACCCUCACACAGCCACACUCCCACCAGUACCUCACCAUAGAGGAGAUGCCCACCCGCCCCCAAAAGCAGCUGGGGAUCCCCAGGGCCUGGGGGGCUGAGCUGUGGGACCCAGGUGGGCCACCAAGGUGGGAUGGGGGACCUGAAGGUGCCUCUUGCUGCAAUACUGAGUUGUGUCCGUGCAAGGCUGUGGGCACCCGCGUGGCACCUUUUGUCCCUUACCCCGAUGUGUGGGACCCCUUCCCUGUGUGUGCCCUCAGACACACACACCAUCCUUCCCAGGUGUUACCCCAGGUGACCCCCCAUAAAGCUCCUGCCUGCCCUGCUGCCAGGGCACCCCAGGACCUGCAUGCUGUGUCCCCUAUACACUGCAACCCCUAUACACACCUUGAUGCACACACUGUGGCCUCAGUACACACACUGCAGCCCCUAUACACACCUCAGUGCACAUACUGCAUCCUUCACACUGCCACACUCAGUGCACACGCUGCAUCUCUUACUCUGUCCCCUGUACACAUCUCUUUGCACACUGUGUUCCUUAUACACACUCAAUGCAUAUACUGCAUCCCCUACACACUGCAUCCCCUAUACACACCCCCAGUGCACACACUGCAUCCCCUAAACACACCCUUGGUUUAACAUUGACAUUUAACGUUAACAUUACAUCACCUGUGCACACCCUCAGUGCAAACACUGCAGUCCCUAUACAUUGCAUCCCCUAUAAACUGUAGUCACUAUACACUGCAUCCCCUAUAUACUACACCCCUUACCAAUUACAGACUCCCGAUACAGCCCUCCCACACUGCUUGGGCUCUCUGCCCCCAUGCUGAGAGACCCCCAGGGUCCUGGGUGCCCUGUGGACACCCCAGGGUGGUGGCACCUCAGCCCGCCCAGGUCCUCAACUCGGGAGUCACGCUGGGGGGCAGAUGUUGGGGAAACUGGUGGGGAUUGGUGGGGAUGUGAUGUUAUGGGUUGUUAAGUGGGGAUGGAGCUUAUUGGGGUGGGGCUGGGAUAUGGCUGAGUAUCGGGGUGGGGCUUGUGCACUGGGAGGGGUUUGUUGGUGGGGGCAGGGCAGGGAGGCCCAGCAGUGCCCCCCACUACCAAAGACAGCCUGGACACCGGGGUCCUCAGCCAGGGGGCACGGAGACAGGGGGCACUGCACCGGGUGCUCCAAACUACCUCGUUGGGGCCAGGUGGGCACCUCCUCCACCCACUAGCACCCCUGGGUGCCAAAGCAGGCAAGCAUGGAGCAACGCUUACCUCUACCUCAGCGUGGGGGGCCGGGGCUUGGUACCGCUGGGCUCCCCCCGCCACUCCCACCAUGGCUGUGCCACUCUGUGUAUCUAUUAAAGGAAAUUAACUGCUGAACCAAA